CAGAUAUGGCAAUGAAUCCGACGGACGCAUUAAUAGAUGAAAGUAGUCCGGUUAUGCUAAAUCCGAGAACGCAUGAGAUAUUAAAUUUUGAAAUUCCGAAUGAAGAUCUGAAACUGAAAGUGCGGAAUUAUAUUAUUUCCAACCUAGCCGUUGGACAUACAAGUCAUGAAGCACAAUUGAUGGAUAUGUUGAACAAACAUGAUUAUAAAGGGCUGAAUGAAAUAAUGAUGAAGAGACUUACUUUUGGAACUGCUGGCAUACGUGGUAGAGUUGGCAUAGGAUUUUCAGCCAUGAAUAAUGUAGUAGUUGUCCAAACAACCCAGGGCAUUGCAGCAUUGCUUGCUAAUGAAGAUAAAACAAAAGGAGUUGUUAUCGGAUAUGAUAAUCGCAAUAACAGUAAAGAAUUUGCUGAAUUAACUGCAACUGUAUUUUUGAAACAAGGAUUUGUAGUUUAUUUUUUUUCUGGCAUGGUACCAACCCCUUUUAUACCGUUUUCUGUUAAAAAGCUGAACUGUUUGCUUGGGAUUAUUAUUACAGCCUCUCAUAACCCAAAGCAAGAUAAUGGAUAUAAAGUGUAUGGACCAAACAGUACACAGAUUUUACCCGAAUUUGCUGAAAGAAUUCAGAAAAGUAUAUUGAAAAAUCUUGUGGUGAAUAUUACUAGCAAGGAUAAAUUGCUUAUUCAUACAUCUACUUUCUUACAUGAUCCUUUAGCUGACAUGGAUCAUUUGUAUUUUGAAGAUUUAAUUAGUUCAGUAAAUACUAAAUGUUUAUCACACACUGCAAUAAAAAUAACAACUACUGCCUUGCAUGGUGUAGGCCAUCCAUUCUUAAAAAAAGCUUUGCAGAAAUCAGGAUAUUAUAAAUGGUUUCCUGUUCCAUCCCAAAUGCACCCAGAUGGUGACUUCCCAACUGUAAAAUUUCCAAAUCCGGAAGAGAAAGACUGUCUGGCUAUGGCUAUUGCUAUUUCGGAUGAAAAGGAGUGUAGCUUGAUAUUAGCGAAUGAUCCAGAUGCUGAUCGACUUGCUGUUGCUGAAAAACUUCAUGACAAAACUUGGCAUAUAUAUUCCGGGAAUGAAAUUGGUGCCCUGCUUGGGUCAUGGCUUUGGAAAAAAUGCCCUGCUGAAAAGAAGAUCAUUCCAAGCAAUUGCUGCAUGAUAUCCAGUACUGUAUCAUCAAAAAUACUGCGGAGCAUUGCACAGAAGGAAGGAUUUACUUUUUAUGAAACACUGACUGGAUUUAAAUAUAUGGCUAACAAAGCUGCUCAAGCAGAAGAACGUGGAUUGCACUUUGUUUUUGCUUUUGAAGAAGCAAUCGGAUAUAUGUGUUCUACAAGCGUAAUGGAUAAAGACGGAAUUCGAGCUGCGUUGUUGGUGUUUGAACUAGCUGCCUAUGCUGAACGAGAACAUAAACUACUUUAUGAUGUAUUGAAAGAGACAUACUUAACGUAUGGCUAUCAUUUUGCAUUAAACUCAUACUUUAUUUGUCCUGAUCCUCAAAAUGCAAAUAAGAUGUUUCAUAACCUACGACAUUGGAAUGGAAAACGUGAAACUUAUCCUGACCAUUUAGAUUUGCCAAGAGAUAGAAAGGAUAUAUCAUUCAAGUAUGAAGUUGUCCAUGUCAGGGAUUUGACUACUGGCUAUGACUCAAGGACACCUACAAAGCUUAGUACUUUGCCAACUGACCCAUCUACACAAAUGAUCACUUUUUACUUUGGCAAUGGAGCUGAAGCAACACUUAGAACAAGUGGAACUGAGCCAAAAGUGAAGUACUACACUGAAGCUAUUCAUCAUGGUCCUGAAAGUGAAUGGCAGUCAUGCCGUGACAUGCUUUCUUUGUUGGUGGAGUUAAUGGUUCAACAAUGGAUGCAGCCACUGAAGCAUAGUUUACUCUCACGACCUGAGGAAGCAUCAAAAAAAUGAUUAAAUAACUGAAAGUGGCAUUCAUAAAAUAUAUUUACUAUUAUUUUUCUCCUAAGUUCAUAUGCUUUCCUUUUUAUAAAAAAAAAAUGAAAUUCACACUUAAAACAUAUUUUGAAUAAUGAUGUAUCUGAAAAAGAUAAAAUCCUUUUUGAUUUGUUUAAUUCUAAAUUAAGUUCAUAAGUUGAAAAAACAAUUGUGUACUUAAAGAACUAGUCAUAUUAUAUACAAAGGUUUUUUUUAUCCUAGUCAUUUUCAUUUUAAAUUCUUUCUUUCAGUAUAAAUGUUUUUUGGAUGUGCGUUAAGAGACAUAAUAUAGCGAUUAAAACAACUUAUUUCUGUAUUUUUAUUACGUAACUGAAAUUUUAUAAGUGACUGAAAGUGCAAACUUCUGAGUUCAUAUUGCUAGUUUAGAAAAAGUAUUUUUCUAUUUCAAAAUUUUUUAUGCACCUUAAAUUUUGUGCAGCUCUUUUUUAUUUAUUAAUUAUUCAGUCUGUGCUUUACUUGAACUAAAUAUUCUCUGCAAAGGGGCUUGAAGUUCCUGCUACAAUUGUUUCUUGCAUCAGAAUUUUUUUUUCCCACAAUGUCAUCUUGGCAGCUAAAUGCUGGAAAAAGUUUUCAGUUUGUAUAGUUAUGCCCACAAAAGGCCAUUUUUUGUAAACUGUCUAAAACAAAUAUGCCUUUGUAAAAUUCAAAAAUAAGGAAAAAUCUAGAGCUAUUAGAAUUGACCUAAGAGGAUAUUCUGAAAUGUAUCCCCGUAAGUCAAAAGAAUGCUAGAAAGUUCAAACCUAUAAAAUUACAACAAAAAAAAAAGACUCUUCGUGGUUGUGCUUGAUACUUUAAACUUUCUCGGAUCAAACUUGUGAAUAGGAAAACAAGUUUCUUUUAAAAAAUCAUCCAUACAAAUUGUGACUUAAAGUCUAAUAAAGGAAACAAAAUUUGAGCUGGAAGAAAAACUAACAUGCAAUGAAAUAAAGUUUACAAAUAGUUCUAUUAGGAAGCAAUAUGUUCAAUAGCAUUGAGAUUUUUCGCAUUCAAUUACUGUAAAAUAUAUUACAUUACAAUGCAAACAUUCUUUGUUGAAUUUCUGUUUUAACUGCUUAAAUGUUUCGAAGUCUUUUCCAUUCAUACUUAUGCUCUGUUUUUUUUUAAAUAA